AAAAAAAUGAAAUCACUUCAGAGGUUACGCUCUCUCUCUCCCCUCCCCUCCUUUAUUUCUCCCUCCCUUUUCUCUGAUGCAGAAAGCGUCAGUUCUAUCUCCAAAAUGCCGUCCCUCUCGCCGCCGUCUCCUCAGGCGCACGACAACUCCGACGGCGCAGCGGAGCGCCGGCUCCAGGAAGCCGAGGAGCGGUUGCGAGAGGCGAUAGAGGAGCUGCAGCGGCGGCAGCGGCUGGCGCGAGGCCUGCACCCGCCGUGCGGCCACGCUGACGAGUCGUCCUGCAUCGCCAACGCGAUCGGCAACCUCUGCCAGAGCUUCCUCCUAUCCUACGGCGUCAGAGUCGGCAUCGGAAUACUCCUCCGCGCCUUCAAGCUUGUGCGGAGGCGGUCCUAUUCCUCACUUAUCGAUCUCAAGCAACUUGUCUCGGAGAAAGAUCUGAUAGUAAGAGAAGAAGCAUGCCGUAUUGGUUUGCUUUUUGGUGGUUUCACUGGUUCUUAUCAUGGCCUUAGAUGUCUAUUGAGAAGGUUGAGAAAGAAAGAAACCCCAAUGAAUGCAAUUUUAGCAGGUUCAGUUGCAGGUUUAUGUAUUUUAGCUUUAGAUGAUUCAAGCCGGAGGCGUACUCUCACUUUGUAUUUGUCGGCCAGGCUUGCACAAUGUGCUUAUAAUUCUGCAAAAUCUAAAAACAAGUUUCACCUCUGGGGAAGCCAUUGGAGACAUGGAGAUUCUUUACUCUUUGCUUUAGCAUGUGCACAGGUUAUGUAUGCCUUUGUUAUGCGCCCUGAGAGCUUGCCAAAAUCUUAUCAAGAUUUUAUUCAGAAGACUGGACCAGUUGCACAGCCUGUAUACAAGGCAGUGAGGGACUGCUGUAGAGGUGGCCCAGUGGAUGUUGCAUCACUGUCUACAUACUUAACUGGCCGAAAGGGGUCCAGCCAUGUUAAGUUAGAAGAGUGUCCUUCUAUUAUUCCUUGCUCAGUUAUUCAUCCAGAUACGAAUUCGUGUUUAGCUCACAAUGCCAAUGCAGCAUCAGCUACAUUCAGGAAAACAUUUCCACUUUACUUCUCUUUGACUUUGGUACCCGUUGUUGUUCUACACCUACAAAAGUUCUUGGAUUGUCCUGCCCGAACCUGUUGGCUUGCUUUAAAAGGGGCUGUUCGCUCAACUACAUUUUUGUCUGCUUUUGUUGGGAUCUUUCAGGGGGUUAUAUGUUUGCAUAGAAAAGUGGCGUUGAAAGACCACAAGCUCAUAUAUUGGCUGGCAGGUGGAAUUUCUGCCCUAUCUGUACUAUUGGAGAAGAAAGGUAGACGCAGUGAACUUGCUUUAUAUGUUCUUCCUCGAGCUGGCGAUUCUUUGUGGUAUAUAUUGGUGAAUCGUCAUCUGCUUCCAGACAUCAAGAAUGCUGAGGUGGCUCUUUUCUGUGCGUGUAUGGGAGGAAUCAUGUACUACCUAGAACAUGAGCCAGACACCAUGGCCCCAUUGCUCAGGGGUCUGAUCCGUCGCUUCCUCGCCAGCAGAAUUAGCAAUCCGGGCCCAUCAUCAAAUCAUACCGCUUCGUGUGCAUUACUUCAGGCCAUUGAUGCAAUGAAGAAACCAAAAUUGCAAGAGAACCCAGACUCCCAAGCUUUGGCCUCUGAGAAGUAUGAUCUUGAAUCCAUACCUGGACUCUGAAACACAUUCCUGAUAGCACACGGCAUAGUUAGAAGAGUACAAGGCCGCCAAUAUUUCAAAUUCAUUCCUUUUCAUAUUUUUGUUAUUAGGGCAGUGAAGUUUGCCCUAUUUAUUGAAUAUAUGGAGAAUCAAUGUUAGUUCCAUUUCUUAGACAGUCUUGAGGAUUUGGGAGGAAUGUGAUUUGCAAGGUCUUGAGAAUUGAGAUUAUUUUUAAUGCCUAUAGAUUCUAUAUUUCUAUUGAUGCUGUGUUUUAUGGAGCAAAUAAAAAGGUGGAAUUACUACAGCUUUCUGCAUUUGGGAGGUUUCUCAUGUAAUAAAAGAAAACAUAUAUUUUUAAUAGAUAUGAAAUUUGUUCAA